GGCUCAGAUGGGUUGGAGUUGUGAUUCUACCCUGCUUCCACCCUCGCGGUUGGAGGGAAAAAAUUUUGCAAAAUCCUUCCUGAAUAAUUCUUCCCAUUAUAUCAAUAAGAGCUUCUUGAUAAGAAGGGGUAGUUUUUUCACUUUUCUCACUUUGCCGACUUCGUGUAACGCUUUGCAUCGAUUUUGUAGAUGAUUUUGGUAUCCAAUUUCAGAGAAUGUCUCCACUUUGGGAGACCAUUUUUUUUUGUUUACAUUAUAUGAGGCAGCUCUAGGGAUUACCUAGACCAAAAGCUUCUGUCUGUAUUAUAUUGGUUGUUCCGCUGAACUCCGUUGGCUCCACUCACCAAUUACAGAGACCGAAGUUCUAACUCGAUCUGCACAGGGACUCAAUGGCCAUAUUUUUAUGUAUUCAGUUCGAAUAACCAAGGGAAGUGGAAGUUGCGUGACAGCCGAAGUAUUAGUCAUUGUUUUUUUUUUCGUUUUAAGUUUAUUUUUUCCUGUUUUGGUGCAUUUCAGGCCAAAAUGGAAUAAUAAUCUUUAUUUUGGUCAAGUUCUAUUUAUAUAUUUUUAUGAAAUUAAGACAGAAAUUGAUGAGCCCCGUUGGAGGGAUUUUACAUUGUUAACCUUCAAAUGGUAGCUGCACGAUCGCGAGCCAUCUGUGUAGAAAUUUAAAAAAUAAUGAAUGUUUUUAAAAUCCUCGAAACAGCCGGCUGCCAGCUGUCUAGGGAUUGCCUUGCUGGCAAACAAACCUGUGAUGUGCAAAUUCCUCGUGAAAUUUACUCCUCUUCACCAUCUACUAUAAAAUUUACAUCAAUUUUAUUUUACAAACAGUUUUAUUUUUAUCUGCAAUAGAUUCUUUACACACAAAUUAAAUGGGAUUUUAAUGUCAGCAAGACAAACUUUUGGAAGGGAAUAACUGCCUUGUUGGUGUUGUUUCUUUUAUCCCCAAUAGGACAGAUUGUCUCCCAUAUUGGAGAAAGUCUCCAAUAUAUGCGGUGUGCCUCUAAUUUUAGCUGUUUAGAAUGUUUUGAAGUCAUCUUUGUCUGAUAUUUGGCACUGUUCAAUAUUUGUUCACUUUACCUAGGAUUUUCCAAAGGGGGAGGGGGACAAUUUUUGUUCAGAAAACAAUUUAACAAGCCCCCCCAAAAAAAGUUCUGGUUCUGACAAAAUUAGGGUUGAAAUCAAAGUUUAAAUUAAAUUUGAUAAAUCUCAUCUUUUGCUGGGGAUGAGGCCUAAGUAUUAUUAUUCGUUAUGUAUAAAAAUUCAAUUUUACUAGUAUUCAGGUGAAUGAUAAUUGAAUAUCCUUUUUUUUUUCAUACUUACAGAGGAAGUGAUACGAAAAAGGCUGCUUAUUGAAGGAGAGAGUGGAGGUGAUGAUAGAAGAAUCAGUAAUCUACUCAAAACCUUUGUGAAAUGGUGUCACACGGAUCAGAGCAAUGAAGAAUGCACUGCUGCAUAUCAGAAGAUGUUGAUGAUGCUAUGUCAGGUAGACUUUGCCAUGGAAAGGACUCAGAUGAUUCAUCAAAUGAAUAUCAGAGAAAUGUCCAACUAUGAAGAGCUCUACUCCACAAUUGAACGCAACAUCAAGGAUGCCCACCAGCAGAUAAGUGCUUGCAAGACAGAGCUACAAGAUGCAAAGAGAGAGAGAAAGAAUAGACAGGAGUAUGAUACAUUAGCAAAGGUUAUCCAGAAACAACCUGACAGGAAGGAAACUUUGAACAAACUAAAAGAGCUGGAUAAAGAUCUUGGUGAAUUAAAUAGCACUAAAGAAUCUUUGGACCAGAAGUUGGAGGAUAGGAAGAAGCAAUUCCAUGUUCUCAUCAGUGCUAUCCAUGAGCUACAGAGGAUAUUAGACACUGAUGAUGGAUCCCAGAAACUCAAUACUACAUCAGACUCCUUGCUCAGUGACACCAUGGAUACUUCCUUGACAGAUAAGUGAUGCUACCUCACACCCCCAGAACAUGAUUAAAAACUAUUUAAAUAUCAAGAAUUGUUGUGUAAUUGGAUUUCAUGAAGACUCCAGUGUUAUCAGAAUUACACAAUCCUUCAUGCAUUCAUUUCCUGCAGUGAAGAGGUUACAUCAUGGAGAUUAUUUCUAUUCAGUAAGUGGAUACCAUCUGAGGAUAUCAUAAGCCUUGAUUUUCAGCGGAUGAAAAUGUGGAAGUGUUAUAAGGUUGUCACUAUCUGUUGUGUCAGUUUAAUAAAAACUGCCUUUAAGGUUGAUUUAUCCCCUUAACUAGUGAAGAACCAACUUGCAUAUUAUCACUAGAAAUUUCAUGAGUUUGGUUAGUGCUACAUCUGGGCAUGGUUGCAGGAAAGUAAUUGUACAAUGCCAAGGAUCCCUUCAUUUUUUUUCAUUCUUAAGUCUAGUGAAACAGGGCCCAUAUCUAUUUUUUAUAUUCUGGAAGUAAUGGCUUUUCUUGCUCACAAUACCCCCGGUCAUAUUUCUGAGAAUUCUGACAAAUUUAAUGCUAAGAUUCUGUGAGUAAUACUAUAUUCCAGCAAAUGAUAUUGCAUCAAUUCAGAAGCUCAUACAAGGGCCCCGUUUUACAAAGAGUUGCAAUUGAUCCGAUCAACACAACUAUGGACGGCCAGCCACUUUAACAUCUGUUAUGCAUGUUUGUUUAAAAAAAUUCUAUGAUGUAUAUUCAUGCAUUCAUUGUUUUCUUGAAAAUUCACUGUGCUUCUCUUUGUUUACAAAGGAUAUUGUGCAAAUUUCCUGUAGAAAAAAUUAUGACACUGAUGAAUUUCCUUAGAAUUAUGAUUGAUUGGAUCAAUCGUAACUCUUUGUGAGACGCUGCCCAGGAGCUUAUAACUUGUCAUUGAUUGAACAACAUACAAUCAACGUUUUUGUCCCACAAUGCAUCACUGACUACGUGCGCAAGAGCAUAAUAAGGACAAGAAUUGGAAAUCAGUCAAUGUGAUAGAACAAUUAAAAUGGUACUCAUAUUUCACAGCAUUGAUAUUAAUGUUGAUAAAAUAAUUGCCUUUUCUCUUGUUAGAUUUGAAAAAUUGAAGGGAACUAUGGGAGUAAAAAAAAGUUAUGUAUGGUUGGAUUUUCAAAGUACAUGCUUAUUUCAAAUGAGGAAAUAGCUACAAGUCUUGACUCUUAUUCAGAAAGCUUGUCUUUUAGGCUAUUCCAAGUAGUCUGACAUGUUUUUUAUAUUAUAAUUUAUACUACACUGUCAACAUGAUCAUACUUAAAAAGGGAUGGUGGAUCACAAUUUUGAAAAGUUGUUGCAGCUGCAUAUUCAAUUUGCAAGUUUUUUUCUGGCAUGAAUUAAUUAAAUUGUUAUUCAUAAUGAGAAUGUUGACUUCAUUUAUUACAGAAAAACAAUUUUUUUUAAGGGGGCAGAUUCCCCUCCCUCUUUACAUCCUAUUUUAAAAAUCCAGUGCACAAUGUUUUAUGUUAUUUUCUUUUUACAGUUUUAUAUGAAUAAAUUGUAUGAAAUUUGAA